UCUGGAUGGGCGCGCACCCCCGGGGCGACGCCGUCAUCCGGGAUAACCGCAUCCCCCAAAAGACCCUGGGCCAGUGGAUCGCCGACAACCCUGCCUGCCUGGGGGCGAAGGUGAAGGACGCCUUCCAGGGUCGCCUGCCCUUCCUCUUCAAAGUGCUGUCGGUCAACACCGCCCUCUCCAUCCAGGCGCACCCCAACAAGGAGCUGGCGGCGAAGCUGCACGCCCAGUUCCCCGAGCACUACCCCGACGCCAACCACAAGCCCGAAAUGGCCAUCGCUCUCACCCCCUUCGAGGGCUUGUGCGGCUUUCGGCCGGUGGGGGAGAUCGUCUCCUUCCGCCAGAACGGCCCCGAGCUGCGGGCGCUGAUCGGGGAGGUGGCGGCGGAGCAGCUGGAGCGCAGCGGGAGCGACGACCCCCGCGGCGUCUCGGCCGCCCUCCGCGUCUGCUUCACCCGCCUGAUGAAGAGCGAGAAGAAGUUCUUCGUCGACCAGCUGAACAUGCUGGUGAAGAGGAUCUCCCAGGAAGCGGCGGAAGGGAAGGACACGUCGGGGAGCAACGGGGACCUGCUGCUGCGGCUGCACUCCCAGUACCCGGGGGACAUCGGCUGCUUCACCAUUUAUUUCCUCAACCUGGUGAGGCUGGAGCCGGGGGAGGCCAUGUUCCUGGGAGCCAACGAGCCCCACGCCUACCUGCAGGGAGACUGCGUGGAGUGCAUGGCGUGCUCGGAUAACACGGUGCGCGCCGGGCUCACCCCCAAAUUCAUCGACGUCCUCACCUUGUGCGAGAUGCUCAACUACACGCCGGCGCCCAGCAGCUCCAAGAUCUUCCCGGCCACGCAGAGCCAGCUCGACCCCAGCGUCUACCUCUACGACCCGCCCGUGCCAGACUUCGCCAUCAUGAGGAUAGAGAUCCCCCCCUCCAUCAAGCUGUACCUCGUCUCCGCCGUGGACUCUGCCAGCAUCUUGCUGGUGAUCCAAGGGACAGCCGUGGGCACCUCCACAGCCGCAGCCUCCGAAAUGACUCUGCGUCGUGGCUCCGUGCUCUUCAUCUCCGCUAACGAGAGCAUCUCCCUCCACCUCUCCUCGCCAGACGGGAUGCUGGAGGUGCCCCAGGCUCUGCUCCUCCUCCCUCCCCACCCCAGCCAGGCGACGGGUCCCAUCCAGGCCACCUAA